GUCUUUGUGCUCAGAGAAUUUCCCAAAAGACACAACAGAGGAUUAAAUGAGCUGUUUCCCAGGAUGAUGGAGUUGAGUCAGUCGUUUCAAGGACAGCAUGAUGCUUUCACCUGGUUCACAAAGUCCCAGCUCCAGUCUGUGAUCAAGAACGGAAUUGUCCCAGAAUGGUUUCAUGGGAUAAUUCCCAGGAAGACGGCAGAGGAACUGCUGAUGUCCAAGCCUCCUGGCUACUUCCUCAUCAGAGUGAGCGAGAGCAGGAUUGGCUACACUCUCUCAUACCGUGCUGAGGACCGCUGCAGACAUUUCAUGAUUGAUGCAUUGGAGGACGGCCAUUACAUCAUAGUAGGGGAGAACAGGCGUCACCGGUUUCUGCAGGACCUGGUGGACUUUCACCGAAGAACUCCCAUUAUGCCUUUCAGUGAGGUGCUGACUGUCGCUUGUGGACAGGCCUCCAGUGACAACACUGACUAUGCAGAACUACUUUUUCCCCAAAGAAAUCCGAACCCUAACACAAGUUUGCUACCAAACAAUCUCAUGGUUCCCAGCACAAGUCACCCAGUACCACCGGAAGAUAUCCCACCUGCCCUUCCUUAUCGUCCAAAUAACCUGAGGAACGCUGCAGUCCUGCCUCCAAACAAGCUUUACCCUACUUUGGAGGAUGAAUAUCCACAUGCCACCUCACCUCCUCCAACCACGCCUGUGCCAAAGACUAGAAACAGAUACACAGCCGACAACCCCCCAUCCAACCCCCCUCCUGAAGUCCCUGCUCGGACCUCUGUUCCUCCACUGAAGCUGAACCAGGCUUGUAUCAGAACCGUCUCUGCACCUAAGAGUCCCUGCACACCGACAGCCACUGAACACUCGUUCAGUGCCAACAUCCAGCCUGUAAAGAACCAGGAAGCAAAGCCGUCAGUCGUCACCAACCUAAAGAACCUCAAGAAGAAAUUUCAAAAGAAGAGGAGCACAUCGCAGGAGUCAAUGUACACGGAGAUUAAUGUGGAGGCAACUGGAAACACUGAGAAUGAGUACCAGGAGAUAGAAGGGCAGCAGACCGUCAGUGAUCCAGCAUUUUCCUACACUUGCACUGAUGUGAGACUGUCUGAUGGAAGGUUACCACAGGAGUACCUUCCACCUCCACCCUUUGCCCCAGGCUACUGACAGACACCUGUUCCCUUAGAAAAUACUGUACAGGUGGACUGAAGAGGAUUGAAGAAGAUCAGUGCAUUGUGGCAUGACUGAAAUAUAACUGAAUCAAGGUAAAAAAGGUGGAUAGAAUCCAAUCCGAGGUCAAAAACAGCAUGCAAAGGAAAAGGAGCGGUAGUCCAAACAUUGAAGAUUGAAACAUUACAAAAGUUUAAUAAAGUGCCAUUUCAACCUGCGAGAUCUGUGUGUUCACAUGGAUGUUUGUUGUUUGACAAAGACCUUUAAUGCUAAUGUCGCAUUAUAAAUGCAAUCAUUUGACAUUUUGGAAAACACUCUCAUUUGCUUUCUUUCUGAUAGGCUUAAAUAUAAGUUUACAACUAACUGGAAAUGGGGAAAUGAUCCCGCCAAGAAAUAGUCUAUAGAGGUGCUAGUAAGAUUUUGUUAUCUAUGGACACUGUUUCCAGUCUUUGUGCUAAGCUAAGCUAAGCUAAGCUAAGCUAACAGGCUGCUGGCAGGAACUUUCAACAUGUGCAAAUGAUCUCUUCUUUUACUUUACACACCUGAAUCAAACCUGCAGAUGCCUGAAUGGUUUUGAUUAAAGCAGUUGCUCUUCUUUUGCAAAGAGUAAACAGUUAUAAAAUACAUUAACCUGCUGUCUUCAUACGACUAACUAGUUUCAGUUACUUGUGAAUGCUUUCGUUUCUAUGUAUUUGCUAGUUUAUUCAACAGAGACGAUACAGAUAAACAUUGUUACAUAAGAAUAAGUAAUACAACAAAUGCAAUCUAUAGGCACUGCCCUAAUAACCAGCAUCCUCCCUGGCCAGAUUUUUAAUGGUUAAAUGUUUUCAUAAGCCUUUUUGGUAAUAUAAUAAAGACAGUAGGAAGAAGUUUUAUGGAGCAUACUGUAUGUAAAUCAGAAAAGGCAUGGUUAAUGUCAGCUGCUUUGAAUACAGGAGACAUACUGUACUGAUGCAGACCUGUUAUCAGCAAUAUGACAAGGGAAGCUGGAAGAAAAUGCACAUACUGGUCAAACUUGUUUCACAGGUAGAAACAUACAGGUGAGUCCAAUUCACAUUUAUACAGCUUCAACAUAUCUGUACUAAGCAUCAAAGUUUGUUAAUGUCUAAUAAAUCCCCUUUGAAAAUGAUCAG